AUGGCGUCACUUUCCUCAAUGUUCGUGGUUCUGAUGAUUGCUGUAACAGCAAUGGCAGCUGAUUGGCAAGCAAAUCCUAAUGAUUGUGGGAAAACAUACGAAGGAAUGAGCUCUAUGAUCGUCGGCGGUCACCCAGCAAAGGAGUAUGCGUGGCCAUGGCAGGUUGCUAUGUUCGAGGAUGGGGAAUUCAUCUGUGGAGGCUCCUUGAUUGACCCAUGGUGGAUCCUGACAGCUGCACAUUGCGUGUAAGUCAAAGAUGAUGAUGAUGAUGCAGAGGCAAUGACAGAACCAUUUAUCCUCAGCGAAGAUUUCAAAGUGAAUACGAUUUGUCUUCCUACUGGCGACAUGGAUGACCAGUUCGUCGUCGGGCAGAAUGCAACAGUCACUGGAUGGGGAACACUACAAAGCGGGGCGGCCGAAAACCCUGACAGGUUAUAUGAGGCAGUUGUUCCCAUCCACGACUGGGCAAAGUGCAAUCAGUCCCUAGCAGGGAAAGGCAUCUUAUUUACUGAUAACAUGAUCUGUGUAGGAUACGAAGAGGGCGGUGUUGAUUCUUGCCAGGGUGACAGUGGCGGUCCCUUAGUGGCGUAUCCAUCGAAUAACACCGACCAGUACUAUCAGAUUGGUGUGGUGAGCUGGGGGUAUGGGUGUGGCAAUCCGAAUUCACCUGGAGUCUACACCAAUGUCACACGUUAUGAAGACUGGAUUCGAUCAUUCCUUAACACUCCAACUCAAAAAUCAUAUUGUGGGAAGACUAAGUACCAAGGAAUGAACAUCAAGAUCGUCGGCGGUCACCAGGCAAAAGACCAUGCGUGGCCUUGGCAGGUUGCUAUGUUCGAGGAUGGCGAGUUCAUCUGCGGAGGCUCCUUGAUUGACCCGUGGUGGGUCAUGACAGCUGCACAUUGCGUGUAA